CUGGACGUCUAUCGAGGUCUACUGAUGGAUGUGCGGCUACAUUAACUCUCACUCCGUAAAUUCUCGUACCAAAAUCUCUGGGUUACAUAAAUGCAAAGUGUUAUGGAGCUGACAAGCAUAUUACAAUAGGCCAGACACACACAAGCCAUAUAUAGUGGACAUUACCUGGGACACCUAUAUAGAGGACUUGAAUAUGUCGGUGAUUUUGUGCACUGCUGGCUAUGACCAUACGAUUCGUUUCUGGGAGGCCCUUUCCGGAAUAUGCUCUCGUACUAUCCAGCAUCCUGACUCCCAAGUCAACCGUCUCUGCAUCUCGCCCGACAAGCGCUUUCUUGCCGCCGCAGGCCACCACAGUGUCAAGCUCUACGACAUCAAGUCCACCAAUCCGAACCCGAUCUUGACAUUUGAGGGCCACACCAACAACAUCACCGGCGUUGCAUUCCACUGUGAGGGAAAAUGGAUGGUCACCAGCUCUGAGGAUGGAACCGUGAAGAUCUGGGAGACUCGCACCGGCACCGUUCAGCGCAGCUACAACCACAAUUCCCCAGUCAACGAUGUGGUUAUCCACCCAAACCAGGGCGAGAUCAUCAGCUGUGAUCAUGGUGGGAGUGUCAGAAUCUGGGACUUGGCCGAGAACAGCUGCUCUCACCAGUUGAUUCCUGAGGAAGACGUAUCGGUCUCGAGCGUCACUGUUGCCAGCGAUGGCUCAACCCUUUGCGCGGGAAACAAUUCGGGAAACAUUUUCGUCUGGCAUCUUGAGCAGUACCGUGAGAAGACAACUCUUGUCCCCAUCACUCACUUCAAGGCUCACGGCCAGUACAUCACCAGAGUCCUGCUCUCUCCAGAUGUCAAGCACCUUGCUACCUGCUCGGCUGACCACACUGCGAAGAUCUGGGAGGUUAAGGACCUGGACAAGAUGAUCCCGACCCCGGGAAGCGAGCCCCCCAGCCCAGUUCCAUUCAAGCUGGAGAGCACGCUUACUGGCCACCAGCGCUGGGUUUGGGACUGCGCGUUCAGCGCCGACUCUGCCUACUUGGUCACCGCCUGUAGCGAUCAUUACGCUCGUCUCUGGGAGCUCCAGACCGAGCAGAUUAUCCGCCAGUACAAUGGCCACCACCGUGGUGCGGUCUGCGUUGCUCUCAACGAUUACAGUGAAGCUCGCUGAGUUAUUGUCUACGGCGGCCAAUAGGUCUGAUUUCCUCAAUCUUCAGGGCGCAUUAUACCGGGGCGUUCGUUGCAUUAUCAAGUUGCGGAAGGGCGGAUAUGGUCUAUUGCUCACUGCUGGGGCGUUUAUGGCUGCGAAUAGGGCGUUGUACACGGGAAUACUCUGGUAAUAUGCCGAGUAACGAAUUGCUAUGAGAUAAUGAUCCUCUUACUGGUCACUCAAUGAAACGAAAUUUGCUUUGAAGAAGAGAUUCAAUUCUUGCCUUGCCUCGCCUCUGAGAAACCCUCGGUUGACUUGAUCCAAGCUGUAAACCAACGGGUAUUUAAAUGCG